GUGUCUUCUCGCGACUCGCCGGAGGUGGCUAGCUAUAGCCUAUACUCGAUACAUUUACCGGACUUUAUAGACUCGCCGCUCCGGCGAGUUUCUUCGCUAAUACUAUUAAAAUUUACCGAAAGUUUUUAAGUUAUUUAACAGGAAGCACUGUGAACAUGCCUAAACUUCUAUCGAAAGUCCGAUCGAGUUCGAUAGUGCAAACACUUUUAAAUGAUAUUCGAAAUGGAGGGAAGGAAAUUGGAGGCUUUAGCCAAGCUAUGAGAACUUUCACUACCUCUAGCGAAUUUUUCCUUCUGUCAAUGGGAUUGAACAGUUUUGUGAUGGAGACUUGGAAGAUUAUGGAGGAGAAGGAAAUCGACAUUAGUGCCAAGUGCUAUUUUCUUGCUGUUCGAGCACUCUGUAAAGGGGGUUACUUGAAGGAGGCACUCAGUUUGAUGAGUAUCAUGGAAGAAAACCCAAAUAGUUAUUCUAUGUUGCCUGUUUAUAACAACUUCUUGGUGGCUUGUUCUGAAACACAUACAGUAGAUUAUGUUAAUGAAUGUAUGGGUUUGAUGGAGCAUCAGAUGGUGGGAAAGAAUGAGAUAACAUAUGCUCAGCUUCUCAAGCUUGCAGUUUUGCAGCAAAGCCUGUCUGCUGUCCAUGAAAUCUGGAAGGAAUGUAGUAAAUAUUACAGUCUCAGCGUUAUUUCUCUUAGGAAGUUUAUAUGGUCCUUUAUGGAGCUGAGAGAUCUGCAAUCAGCCUACACAACUUUACAACACAUGGUGAGCUUGGUUGUUAGAGAAAACUCUUACAUAAGUAGAACUGCUGAAGGAAGGUUUUGUGAUUUAAGAUUGGAUAUUCCAGCGCCUUCCACUGGCAACCUGAGUUUCAUCGAUGCAUCUCUCAACACAGAGGGUAGCACCAGUUUUGACUUGGAAAGGCAAAGUAUUGGCAGCAUUGAAAUAAGCACAGUAAAAAAACCAUUAAGUGCAUCUGUUACAAAACUUUUAAGGUGGUCCUUCAAUGAUGUCAUGCAUGCUUGUGCAAAAGUUCAAAAUUGUGAUUUGUCUGAGCAGUUAAUGUUACAGAUGCAAACUCUUGGUUUGCAACCAUCAGGGAGUACAUAUGAUGGCUUCAUUAGGGCAAUUGUUACCGCAAGAGGAUUUAGUGAUGGAGUGGAAGUGCUAAAGGUUAUGCAAGAGAAAAAUAUUAAGCCUCAUGAUUCAACUCUUGCUGUUUUAGCAGUCAUCUGCAGCAGAGAGUUACAACUCGAUAGGGCAGAGGCUUUCUUGGAUGAGAUAGCCGAAAUCCGAAGUCCUCGUCCUUAUAAUGCUUUCCUUGAAGCAUGUGAUGUCCUGGAUCAACCUGAACGAGCAGUUCAGAUAUUGGCUAAGAUGAAAAAGUUGAAUCUCCAGCCAAAUAUCAGGACAUAUGAAUUGCUAUUCUCAUUGUUUGGUAAUGUGAAUGCACCUUAUGAAGAGGGCAACAUGCUGUCACAAGUGGAUGUUGCUAAAAGGAUAAAUGCUAUAGAAAUGGAUAUGAUGAAAUACGGCCUUCAGCACAGUCACCUGUCAUUGAAGAAUGUGUUGAAAGCGCUUGGAACAGAAGGGAUGAUAAAGGAGCUGAUUCAAUAUUUACAUGCUGCGGAGAAUCGGUUCUCUCGUUAUGACACUUAUAUGAUCACACCCGUCUAUAAUACAGUUUUGCAUUCCCUUGUUGAGGCUAAAGAGAGCCAAAUGGCAACACAGAUAUUCAAAUCUAUGGUGUCUUCUGGAGUUCCACCUGAUGCUGCAACAUAUAAUAUCAUGAUUGAUUGCUGUAGCAUUAUUGGAUGUUUCAGAUCUGCACUUGCCCUGAUCUCUAUGAUGUUACGCAAUGGUUUCAAUCCUCAAGCAGUGACUUUAACUGGUCUGUUAAAGAUAUUGUUGAGAUCUGAGGACUUUGAUGGUUCAUUAAAAUUGUUGAAUCAAGGAAUUUCAGAAGGGAUCCAGCUUGAUGUACUUUUAUAUAACACCAUUCUUCAAGUGGCAUCUGAGAAGGGAAGAAUAGAUGUCAUCGAGCUCAUUGUGGAGCAGAUGCACGUCCAUGGGGUUCUGCCAGAUCCAUCAACUUGCAGUCAUGUUUUCGCUGCAUACGUAGACCAUGGAUUCUACAAUACUGCCAUGGAAGCAUUGCAAGUUUUGAGUGUGCGAAUGAUUGCUGGGCAUGACAACAUUGCGGAUGACAAGCAAACUGAACUCGAAAAUCUAAUUCUUGGUGAAGACUUGGAAGACGAGUCCCAGAUUCUUGAGCCUUUCAAAGACUCAAAGGAAUAUCUUACUGUUGCCUUACUACAAUUAAGAUGGUGUGCUAUACUUGGAUAUCCAGUAUCGUGGUCACCUAGUGAAAGUCAAUGGGCCAGGAGACUUUCAAAUAUGCUUUAGGAAACCAAGAAGGCAUUAACGAUCCUUUUCAAAUCAAAGUUUGCUACUCUUAUAAUCGUUAUUCACUCAUUUAAGGAAGAGACUAGAGUAAAUUAGUCAAGUACUCUUUUAUAGUUAAUGCUAUUAAAUGAUUUUCUUACUAUCAAAACUUUAAAGAAAGAUAAAAAGAACCGGUAGUAUUAUUAUUA